CAUCCCUGCCUAGAGUAGUGUCUAGGGACAAUCACAAUGGGGCAUACGUGUAGCUGUUGCAUUAUGUUAACCAGACACGUAGCGUGAGGAAAACUUGCCAGAGCUCUCCCCUCUUACAUUAUGUUAACUGGACACGUAGCGUGAGGGAAACUUGCCAGAGCGCAGAGGGAGAGCUACCUUUGUGGCCUGAACUGCCCGAUAUUCAAUAGCUUGUUUUUCUUCUUAUUUAUAGCAUGCAGGAUGAGGUUAGAUAAAAAUAUAAGUUGGGUCUAUGGAGGAAGUAAAAAGAGAAAAGAGAGAUGAUGAGCCGCAACAGUACUGGAAGGAAGAAGAGAGGGAUGAUGAUGGGAAAGGCCGGCAGCUCUUGAAGAAGAAGACUAGUUCUUCAGCUGCCGGCCGGCAGAAAAGCAGCACUAGUAGGCCCAGUAAAGCUGAAGACGAUGACCAUUCAUCAUCGCUUGGAAUGAGGAAGAUAAUAAGGGAAUCCGUUGUCACGGCGGGAGCUCCGGGCAGCGGCAGGAGCGAUGAAGAAAGUAGGGCAGAGCAACCAGAGGAUGUUCUGGUCUUCUCCAGAACCACUAAUAACAUCGACUCUUCACUACUUUAAUUCAUGGUCAUGUCUUCCGAUUCUACCUUUGUUGUGAAUGCACGUACAGGUGAGGGGGCGUACGUGCAUUGAUAUUUGGCGAGCUGUCCGUCCCUCUUUGUUUCACGUAUGUUUCACGUAUGAUUGUUUGAGGAGUGUUUUGCAAUUACAAUUCCUCCUUAAGAGUGAAAAGGGAAUUGUGAGAGCAAAAUAUAUAUAUAUAUAUAGCUAGCUGAUUGGCUACGAGUGUAAUUGGUAGAAUUCAAACUCUAAUAAAAGAUACAGCCGAAG